AUGUCUCUGCGGACCAAGUUUUUGUUAAAAGAUUGCUGCAGAUUCGUGUACUAUGCGGGGUGCGGGAAUUACUGGUACGAAGACAUAAAUCAUGAAACAAUCCCGUUCAAAUUGUACCGCUUUAUUUCUUUUUCAAUUUACACCGUGAUGAUUUUUCUGGAAAACGUCGCCGCCGCUUUCGGUUCAUUUCCCUCGGUGGAGAAAAACUCAGCUGUCAUGUUCGCGGCUAUUCAUAAUAUCGUACUUACUAAAAUGUAUCUUUUCUUGUACCACAAAGUUUCUAUAAGGAAAUUAAACUUUGAGAUGGGGGCGCUUGGGGAAAAUUUGGAAGAGGAUGAUGUGAUGAAGAAACAGUACUGGAAAGUGAAAUAUGGGAUUUUGUUUUAUGUGGUAACGGUGUAUUUGUCACUUGGGGCGUAUGGUGUUGAAAGCACGAGGAAAUCGAUCGUAGAAGGUGCCCCCUUUUAUACCGUGGUGACCUACUGGCCGGCAUACGAAGACCUUACAACAAUAGCCGCCAUCGCCCGCAUAUUCUUCUACAUCACCUGGCUAUACAUGAUGUUGCCGAUGAUGUCCGCCGACUGCGCGCCCAUCGCGCACCUCAUCUGCAUCGCGUACAAGUUCCAGACGCUUCGGCGCCAUUUUGAAAAGAUCCGGGAGGAGUUUGAUGGAGAUUUGGUGAUGGGGAGGGAAGGGGCGGAGGAGAGGCUGUGGAGUGGGUGCUUGGAGGGGAUCAAGAUACAUCAGAAGCUCAUGUACCUCGCGGACGAAAUAAAUCGGAUAUUUGGAAUAAUAAUGUCUCUUCAAGUCUGUGAAAGCUCAGCUGUUGCGGUAUUGCUGUUACUGCGGUUAGCGCUGUCCCCAGACAUGGAUCUGACUAAUGCUUUCAUGACAUACACUUUCGUGGGCUCCCUGUUCUUUCUACUCGCCCUUAAUCUGUGGAACGCUGGAGAGAUCACUUAUCAGGCGUCGCUUCUGUCGCCUGCCGUGUUCUACUGCGGCUGGCACAUGUGUGCUACAGGGCGCCCGCGCCGCGAUAUUGAACGCCUUGUACUGAUCGCCUGUGCGCAGGCUCAGAAACCGCUCGUCCUUAAAGCCUUUGGGAUACAGGAUCUGUCAUACAGUACUUUUGUCUCGGUGGCGAGGAUGACUUACUCGGUGUUCGCCGUUUUCUACCAGAGGGGGGGAUGAAGGGUUCACCAGUUUUUACGCUAUAAUAUAGUCGUAGCUAGCAGUGGCGGCUGGUAAAAAUUUC